AUGCAGGGGAUUUGGCACAAGGUCAGCUACCACCGCUUUGCUCAUAUUUUGGGUUUCUCAGAUGAAGAUAUCAAGGACAGCAACCUCAGAAUCACGCGGGCCAUUUCCUGGGGAACCAAGCCGGAGCUCGGUGGCAAUGGCGCUGUGUGGGAGAGGAGCAGGGCCGUUAAGCGGGCCCAUGAGGAGGACGCGGGCGAGGAGUACGGCGGCCCUGUCAUUCGUGCCAAGUGGACAAGGAUGGAGGAUGGGGAUAAGGUAUGGUUCCAUCAAUCCAUUGCAGGGACAGCUCAAGCGGUCGGGUCCGACGACGGAGACAAAGCCGAGGAAGAGAAGGCCUUCCUGGUGCCAAGCGCCGCAGUCUUCCCCCACGGCAUGUCUGCCGCCGCCGCGGGCCUAUCGCUGGCCGUGGCCAAGAAAAAGGAGUUCAGCAAGUCGCCAUCCAACUCGAUGGCCUCGUCGGGUGGCACGGACGGCGGCUCGUCGGUUGUCCUAUGGCCGGAGCAGCUCCACGCGCAGAACGGCGCCCCGGCGCGGGUGGAGGCCAUGGAGCCCGUCAUUGCGCUCACCGCCUGCACCAACUCCGUCGCCGCCUACAACCACGACGCCACCAACUACUACCUUGCGCGGCUGGGCGAGAUGGUACCCGCGGGGCCCACACCGAUGCACCGCGUGGCCGCCUACUUCGCGGAGGCGCCCACACUGCGCGUGGUGUGCAUGUGACCCCAGGUGUUCAACAUUAGCCUGCCGCGUGAGAUCACCAACGGCGCCGUUGCCAUCGCUGAUGACGCGAUGGCGCUGCGGGUGCUCAACGUUGUCACCCCGAUCCCGCGCUUCCUGCACUUCACCCUCAACGAGCGGGUGCUCUGCGCGUUCGACGGCCACGACUGCGUCCACGUCAUCGACUUCGACAUCAAGCAGGGGCUGCAGUGGCCGAGCCUCCUCCAAAUCCUCACCAUGUGUGCGGCUCCUUAGGCGCACGUGCGGAUCACCGGCGUCGGCGAGUCAAGACAGGAGUUGCAGGAGACCGGUGUGCGGCUGGGGCGCAUGGCCAUCGCGCUCGGGCUCGCGUUCGAGUUCCAUGUCGUGGUGGACCGCCUCGAGGACGUCCGCCUGUGGAUGCUCCACAUGAAGCGCAUCGUGGUUGCAGUGAACUACGUCCUCGCGGCGCACCAUCUGCACCGCGAUGAGAUCGGCGCCGCGGUGGCCGACUUCCUCGAGCUCAUGCGCAGCACGGGUGCCACCAUCCUCCUCCUGGGCGAGCAUGAGGACGCUCUCAACUCCGGACGAUUGGAGGCGCGGUUACGUGCGCUACGGUACUAUGUUGCGGCAUUCGACGUCGUGGAGGCGGCCGGGCUGGCGGAUGCCAGCCCUGCGAGGGCCAAGGCGGAGGAGAUGUUCGCGCGGGAGAUCCGCAAUGCGGUGGCAUUCGAGGCCGCAGACCGCUUCGAGAGGCACGAGACCUUCGCCGGGUGGCGGUGGCGCAUGCAGGAAGGCAGGUUCCAAAACACCGGCAUCGGCGACCGGGAGGCGUUGCAGGGGUGCAUGAUCGCGAGGAUGUUUGCGCCGGGCAACUACAGCAUGCAAGGUGUAGGGCGACGGCGAGGGACUCACGCUCCGGUGGAUGCACCAGACCAUUUCAGGUUUUAAGGCAUUCAAAUGUGUUGUGUUUCUGGAAGGAUACAUCGCUGCCCCUUUUAAUCAUUAGUUAUGUGAAUUAUCCUAUUCCAAUUUAGGGACAACCAUUUUAAUUGGUAUUAUCUUAAUGACACCAUGAUUUUUUGCAGGAAUUGUGUGGGUGGGUGGUGACGGAAUUGUAUCGUUCCUCCUCCAUUCUUAUUUGUUUUCCAAUUUUUUGCUAAUACGCUCUCAGACUUGCUUAUAACUGCUCUCUUUGCACUGUUGUAGCACUGCUCAGCUAUGGCACCAACGCUGGGGCAGGCGUCCUAAUCCUGUACUGCUCUUUCAGUGUGCA